AUGGGCGCAUCCAACUCGACAUCCAACGCCCCGCCACGACGAGCCCUACAUGUCCUGCGCGUCGCACCGGGCUCGCCAGCAGCCGACACGGACAUCUCGCCAUUUUUCGAUUUUCUAGUCGGUAUCAAGGGGCUCGAAACCGUUGAUCUCGACUUGGCCAGUUUGGAACGGGUGAUCGAAGGGAGAGAGGGUCGGGAACUCGAGUUGAUCGUGUGGAGCAGCAAGGUCUCACAGAUGCGUGUGGUCAAGUUGACACCAACCCGGAAAUGGAGUUCGGCACUUCCUCCUCCGCCAGAUGCGAAACCGUCACUCUUGGGCCUGAGCAUGCGCCUAUGUAAUCCUGAACAAGCGCUGGAAAACGUGUGGCAUAUUUUAGACGUGCACGAGGGCAGUCCGGCAGAAUCGGCCGGUCUGGUUCCCUAUGGAGACUACAUUAUUGGGUUUUCGGGCGGGGUCCUAGAGCGAGAAUCGGAUUUCUAUGAGCUGGUGGAGGAACAUGUGGAUAAACCGUUGAGGGUUUAUGUUUAUUCGUUUGAUUUCGAUAAUUUGAGAGAGGUUGUGUUGGUGCCGAAUAGGAUGUGGGGAGGACAAGGAUUGUUGGGAUGUGGAGUUGGAUAUGGGUUGUUACACCGUAUACCAAAAGACAGAUCUAGCCUUAUGCCUGUUGAAAGAGAGGAAGAACCAGAAGAAGCCGAGCUGUUUGUUCCUGCUGGGGAUGCGGGUGGAUCAUGGUACGGUGAUCGACAGGCGAAUCAACACGGACAGGCGUACGACAACCACGGAUAUUACGAGUAUGAUGACGGGCACGGACAUUCGCACGAUGACGGACACGGGCAUUCGCAUGGCGAUGGACACGGGCACUCGCACGACGACGCACAUGGGCACUCGCACGAUGAUGGACAUGGGCAUUCGCAUGAUACGGGACACGGACACUCGCAUGAUCCCCAUCCAUACGUUACGCCCACGGCGUUUUCUUUCCCUGCUCAAAAGUACGACUAG